UGUGGAUUUUAGAUACUCGAGGUUUUGCACGAUAGGCUUUGACGAGGAUUUAUUUUAUUUUUUUCCCUCAUCAAAUGGGAGCCUUUUUGAGGAUUUUCUUUGAAAUCCACCAAGAGUGCCAAACUUUUUUGUCGUUGAUUUGGAUUUCCAUUCCGCCAAACGACCUCAUAUCUCAAGUUCAGAUCUUUACGUGUUGCACCAACCUGUGAUCUUCGUCCAUCCGUAUAUAUGGUUCAAUCAAAAAGAUUCACCCGUCUCAAGGGCUCGGAUGGCGAGACAAGCCCUAAUCUCUACGUGGCGAAUUGUGGGCCGGCCGUGGGACUGUCCUUCGAAACUAUUGCUUCACUCUUCGGCAGGUUUGGGGAGGUGAGGGGCGUCUCCGCCGCUGAUGAGAGCGGGGCCCGCGUCAUCGUAUCUUACUUUGAACCCGCCUCUGCUCAAUCGGCCUUAAAAGCAUUGCAUGGCCAUCCUUGCCCUGAUCUUGGGGGUCGUCUUCUCCACAUUCGUUACUCCGUCCUUGAGCAGCAUCCUCAACCUUCCAAGGUUCCAACAGACGAUUCCAUCUCAGUAUCUUCGGUUGCAUCAGAAUUGGGGAUUCCUGGCAUUCACUUGGUGCAUGAUUUCAUCACUGCUGAUGAAGAGCAAGCGCUCCUUGCAGCAGUCGAUGAGAGGCCUUGGAAACGUCUUGCAAAACGAAGGGUUCAACACUAUGGUUACGAGUUUUUAUAUGAAACAAGGAAUGUAGAUGCAAAACAGUUCUUGGGUGAACUUCCAUUGUUUGUUUCUCCCAUACUCGAAAAGAUCUCUUUGUUUUCCAACCCUGAAAGUGUUGAAAGCAAUAUCGUGGAUCAACUAACGGUUAAUGAAUACCCUUUUGGGGUGGGUUUAUCCCCACAUAUAGAUACUCAUUCAGCGUUUGAGGGAUCAAUUUUCAGCCUUUCUUUAGCUGGUCCCUGCAUUAUGGAGUUACGGAAGUACCCUCAAGGCACCUGGCUUCCUUUACCUUCCACAAGUAUUGAUGUGAAAGGAGAAACUUCUGAAUGCUCAAAUUUUAUUAGGAGAGCUAUUUUCCUUCCUCCUCGGUCAAUGCUUUCGUUGUCUGGGGAGGCAAGGUAUGCUUGGCAUCACUAUAUUCCACAUCAUAAGAUUGAUAUAGUGGGGGGACGUACAAUCAAGAGAAAUUCAAGGAGGGUUUCCUUCACAUUGCGUAAGGUCAGAAAUGGACCUUGCUACUGUGAAUUUCCCCAGUAUUGUGAUUCCCGAAAGGUGUAGAAUUUGCUACAGAAAGGAUUUUGUCAGAACCCACCAAAAUGCCAGUGCAGUACUCAUUCAAUUAUUGUUCUUUCUGUUCAUAGUUGAAAGUACGGUUAAGGCAGACUGUGUAGCUGGUGUUGCAUGAUUCAGACCCAUAACAAAUGAUUUUGCAGCUAACUGGGAUAACGACCAGGUCAGACUAUUUAUAGAGAUGGGUUAUAGUGGUAUUGAUACUGAAGAAAGAAAAGGAAAGAAAUUCGAGAGGGGAUUAGGAAAAAAUAAGGAAACUAGUUCUCACACUGCUCAGAUUGUUGUAGGAUGAGGAAGGUGAGGAAUGACUCUACAGUGCUCUCGUUGUUGGCAGACUAGAGAUUUUUUUGCAGGCCCCAAACAAUCAGAGGUUCUUUAGGUUACUCCCGUUGGACCAAGGUAGUUAUCCAGCUGACUCAACAGUACUUUUGUAGUUCAGCUGGAUUUGGAUGUAAAGAUUAAUCACAUUGAUCCAGAUUUUCUUCUUCUUCUUCUUCUUCUUCUUCUUCUCUCUCUCUCUCUCUCCCUCUCUCUCCAGCCUUUUUUUAAGUACAUGCUGGCUUUCUUUGGCACAUUCAUUUUCUUUUCUUUUCCUCUUCUUCUUCUUUUUUGAGAAUUGACCAUUUUAUAGAUACGAUGUAAUAGAGGAGAAUUCUCCAUUUUA